CUCAAUUCCGCCAAAAUGGGAGUAAAUGUGCCCAAAAUCAACACCCGUGUGCCCAUAGAAGUCACUAUGGGAGAACUCAAGAAAUUGGUCGAAGAAGGAAAGAUAAAAUACAUUGGACUCUCAGAGGCAUCUGCUUCAACAAUUAGAAGGGCUCAUGCAAUUCAUCCAAUAACUGCCCUUCAAAUCGAAUGGUCAUUGUUUUCAAGAGAUGUGGAAGAAGAAUUGAUUCCUACAUGCAGAGAACUUGGUAUUGGAAUUGUCCCAUAUAGUCCACUUGGACGCGGCUUCCUUUCAGUUGGUCCCAAGUUGCUAGAGGAGGCAUCAGAGGGUGACUUUCGCAAGUUUUAUCCGAGGUUCCAGGGUGACAAUCUUGAAAGCAACAAGCUCUUAUACGAAAAGAUUUGUGAAAUGGCUACAAGUAAAGGUUGCAGCCCAUCUCAAUUGGCGUUGGCUUGGGUGCAUCACCAAGGAGAUGAUGUAGUUCCUAUACCCGGCACCACCAAGAUUGACAAUAUCAACGACAAUGUAGGAGCACUCUCUGUGAAACUAACUCCUGAAGAGAUGAGCCUUCUAUCUUCUUUGGCUGAGAAUGUCAAAGGAGACAGAUCCAUGGCCAUGGCGAGCACAUGGACUAACGCAGACACGCCCCUGUUGGAAUCGUGGAAAGCCGAGGGUUGAUAUGCAUGACCGCAGCUUCUCCUUCCAUGCCUCCAAUAAUUCUUGUAGUAUAGUUAACUACUUGAAAAUCUAUCUUCUUCCCUUUCUGUUUGUUUGUUUAUUGUUAAUUUUAACUAUAAACAAACCAAUAAGCUCAACAAUUCAGCAUUGGAGGUUUUGUAGUGAAUUGUGAAGUAAGUGACGGUCGUAAUGCCUCUGGGUGUGAGAAUCCACCACCCAUGAUUUGUACUCCUGAUUACUGUAUUGAGGCAAACCUAAUACUUUAAGCUAAAAUAAAAAAUUUAUCUCCUGAAUA